UACCACUACAACCUCAACGACAAUGCCAACGACAAAGAUAGAAACUACUUCUACUAACCAUAAAACAUCCAGCAUUGAGAAAGAAAAAGAAAGUUUAACAGUGGUAAAUGCAAUAUUGAUUGCUGUGGUGGUGGUACUUACUUGUUUACAACUUGCAGAAAUAACUGGUUUAUAUAUAUUACAUAAAAAAGGGAUUGUGCAAUUCAAGAUCGGGAAAAAAGAAACGGUUUAUGCUGACGUCAAAAGUGAUAAUACACAGGUUCACGUUUACAGUACAAUGAAUAGAGCUGAAGAUACCGGGAACAGUAACUACUAUAAUGAAAUUCACUGACGUGUUUACUUACUCUCGAAAUAGAUGAAGAUCUGUGUACCGGAAGUUGCUACUUGAUGCCUGUUGUAUAAAUGAGUUAAACUACUAUUUUUGAUUAUGUCAUCAUUUAAAACAAUUUCACAAAAGCAUACAUUAAACUUAUCCAUAUAAGUCAGUAUGGCAAAAAUGAGACUGACGAUAAUAAAAUACUGUAUCAAAUAUAUAUAACAUAUAAGAUCUAGAUCUACCAA